AUGUGCCCCUUGCUGUUUGCAGAUGGGACCCGACCUCCUGGCCCUGGCAGCACCACGGCCCCUGUGCCCACCCACUCCCAGCCCCCAGCCACUCCCCAGCGGGGCCUGAUCAGAGUCAGCACCCAGCGAGCUCUCCAGCGCCCCCCUCUGCCCAGGCCUGGGCCCAGCGUCCCAGCCACGGUGCCUGCCUCUAGCCUGCCCUGCCCCCAUGCCAGUGGGGCCUGCAGCCUCCUGCAGCCCAACCAGACGCUGCUGCGCUGGGCAGACCUGCAGCGCACGCUCGGCUUCGCCUGGGAGCUGCACGUCUAUGGCGCCAGCACCCUCUUCCUGCUGCUCAGCCUGGUCUGCGUGGCCAGCCUCAUCGGCUCGCCCGUCCUGGGCCUGCCCCACCUGCCCUACACCCUGGGCGCCAACGCCCUGCUGCUGGGCGCCGGCCUGCUCCGCGCCACCUUCCUCCUGGCCGACCCCUACGGCGCCAGGGCCAGGCUGCCCGCCCCGGCCGUGCGGCUGCUGUACAACGCGCCCUUCCCGCUGCUGCUCAGCGCCUUCGCCCUGCUGCUGCUGCUGCUCCUCACCGUGCUGCUGGGAGCCGACCUGCUCUCGCCCCUGCUGAGCCCCGUGCUGGGCGUGGGGCUGCACCUGCUCUCCUGCGCCUGCGGCACCUCCCUCAUGCUGGCCAGCCUGGCUGCAUACUGGCAGCUGCGGCCCCACCAGCCUGCCAGGCCGGGCGAGGCCCAGCGGGUGUCGCUUGGCUGUGAGGACCCCCAGGAGCUGCCUGGGCAGGGCAGAGCCCUGCAGGGGCUGGGCCCCUGCCCGCGGGUGCUGCUGGGGUGCAGCGCUCUGGGGCUGCUGUGCUGUGGGCUCCAGGCGUACGGGGCCCUGUGGCUGGGCGGGGUGCUGGGCCCGCCGGGGGAGUUCUCCUGGCCCUGGUGGUUCGUGCAGUUCUGGUUCCGCAUCUGCGAGCUGCUGCUGGCCUUUGCCCUGUGCUUCGUGGCCUCACACCCCUUGUGCCAGUGCUGCGGCUCCGCUGACCACACCUGCUGGGCCAAGCUCGUCCGCUACUUCUGCACCUACCGCAAGGCCGAGGCGCCCGAGUACCCCAACAACUGCUACGACUGGGCCCACGGCACGCAGGAGCGGGCGGCCAGCAACGACAUCAGCAAGAGCCUGAUCCGCAACCCGCCCGAGCAGGUGCACCUGCGGGCACUGAAGGGCAGCAACGAGGUGAGGGCGACGGGGGCCUUCUCUGCCAGGGGCUCCACCUCCUCGCUGGGCCGGGCUGGCGCCAGCCCCAAGUGCCCCAACGCCGCGCGCAUGGGGCGCUCCUACACCAGCGUCUGCUUCGAGAAGGAGUCGGUGCUGUCGCUGGGCGAGCUGGAGUUCCGCCCGCCCUCGCCCAUCAACCUGAGCCGCAGCAUCGACGAGGCCCUCUUCAAGGAGCACCUGGUGCGCGACAGCAUCUUCCUGCGCUCCAGCCUGCAGUACCCCGGGCGCCUGGCGCGCCAGGACUCCCGCUCCUCGCUGCGCCGGAGCUCUGCCCUCACGCCCAUGGCCGAGCCGCUGCUGCCCGCCAAGGCCUGGCAGCGGCGCAGCAGCGACCCCGACUACCUGUACAGCCUGGCCCGCUGCAGCUCGCUCAGCGACCUGCCCUCCCAGAGCGCCAGCCUGCCCCCGAGCAAGGGCCUGCCCAGCCAGCCCCCCACCGAGGGCACCAUCUCGGGCAGCUCCCUCGACAGCUUCUCCAAGGGCUCCCUGAAGAUCAGCUGGAACCCCUGGCGGCACGGCCUCUCCUCGCUGGAGAGCCUGCCCCUGGAGGAGACGCCCAGCCGGGCCCCGCUGCUCCCCGACGAGGCCCCCAGGCCCAGCACCACGGGAGGGGCCGGAGACUCUGAGCGCGAAGCCAGGAGGAGUUUCCUGGCGCUCAGCAAGCAGGUGGAUUCCCGCAGCCUGUCGAGUGACACCAUUGAGCUGUGAGGGGCAGGGCCAGAGCGGCCCCCCUCAGCACAGCGCGGAGGAUAGCGGCCGGAGCCCAGCCCGGGUACUGGCAGGCCGUGGAGCCCUGCCAUGGGGGCAAUGCCAGGGAGAGCCCACGACCAACGGCCUCCCUGCCUGCCCCAGCCCUGCCUAGUGCCAACCCCC